CCUGCUGUCUCUCUCUGUGCAGCAAAUGCACUCUCUCUCUCUGUUUCUCUCUCUUCAUAACAGCUCUGCUCAACUUCUUCCUUACAGUUCACGCCAAACGCCUGCUCUCUCUCCCCAUCUCUAUCCGUAUGUCCUUGACAGAGAGGCCAAGCUAGAGAGAGGACCAGUGGAUUGACUCCCAUCCUUACAUUAGUUCCCUCUUUCACUACGCGUUUUGCCAUUCCUCUCUUCCUCUUCCCCUUCUUCCUUUUCUUCUUCUAUACCCCUUAGACAUUCUCCCUUUCUGCUCCGGUCCUCUUACAAUGGCGGAUGAUACAUUCUUCCGCCACCGGGGAAAUGCCCGGCUCCUCCUCUGGCUCUGGCUCUCAGUCGCUGUGUUUUCCGUCUUCUGUCCUCUCGCCGCCGCCCUUAUUGACGAAGGCAAAGGACUGAUGAAGGUCAAGGCCUCAUUCAGCGACGUUGCUAAUGUACUGCUCGACUGGGACGAUGUGCACAACACGGAUUUCUGCUCAUGGCGCGGUGUCGCCUGUGACAACUUCAGCCUCUCUGUCGUCUCUCUGAAUCUGUCCAACUUGAACUUGGGAGGCGAGAUUUCCCCUGCCAUCGGUGAUCUUAGGAACUUGCAGUCCAUAGAUUUCCAGGGGAAUAAGUUGACGGGUCAAAUCCCAGAUGAAAUUGGAGAUUGUUCGACUCUGAUACACUUGGAUUUGUCCGACAACUUGCUUUAUGGAGAUAUUCCGUACUCAAUUUCCAACCUUAAGCAGCUUGAAUUCUUGAACCUGAAGAACAACCAGUUAACUGGACCUAUUCCUUCAAGUGUUACUCAGAUUCCUAAUCUGAAAACUCUUGAUCUUGCUCGGAACCUGCUUACUGGUGAGAUACCUCGGCUACUCUACUGGAAUGAAGUUCUGCAAUACCUUGGCCUACGUGGGAAUUUGCUCACUGGAACAUUGUCUCCCGAUAUGUGCCAGCUGACAGGACUUUGGUUCUUUGAUGUAAGGGGGAACAAUUUGACUGGUACCAUUCCUGAGAACAUUGGCAACUGUACGAGCUUUGAAAUCUUGGAUAUUUCAUACAAUCAGAUAACUGGAGAGAUCCCUUACAACAUUGCCUUCCUCCAAGUUGCUACCCUGUCACUGCAGGGUAACAGGCUAACAGGGAAAAUACCAGAGGUCAUUGGUUUGAUGCAAGCUCUCGCCGUUCUGGACUUGAGCGAGAAUGAGUUGGUUGGACCGAUUCCCCCCAUACUCGGCAACCUGUCUUUUACUGGCAAAUUGUACCUCCAUGGGAAUAAACUCACUGGUCCUAUUCCCCCAGAGCUCGGCAACAUGUCAAAACUAAGCUAUUUGCAGUUGAAUGAUAAUCACCUAACUGGGACCAUUCCAGCAGAACUUGGGAAGCUUGAUCAGUUGUUUGAAUUGAACCUGGCCAACAACUAUCUUGAAGGACCUAUCCCAGAUAACAUAAGCUCAUGCAUGGCACUGAAUCAAUUCAACGUCCAUGGCAAUCGCCUGAACAGAUCUAUUCCAUCAGGGUUCCGGAAUCUCAGGAGCUUGACUUACCUCAAUCUGUCAGCAAACAAUUUUAGGGGCAGGAUACCUACAGAUCUGGGUCGCAUCAUCAAUCUUGAUACACUGGACCUCUCAAGUAACGAUUUCUCAGGACCUGUACCACCUUCCAUCGGUGGACUGGAACAUCUACUCACAUUGAACCUGAGCAGAAAUCAUCUUGAUGGCCCAUUGCCAGCCGGAUUUGGGAAUCUUAGGAGCAUACAGAUUAUAGACAUGUCAUUCAACAAUCUCUCCGGCACCAUACCUGCUGAACUGGGGCAGUUGCAGAACAUCUUAUCUCUGAUUUUGAAUAACAACAAGUUGCGUGGUGACAUUCCCGAUCAGUUGACCAAUUGUUUCAGUCUUCUGAUUCUAAAUGUCUCCUACAACAACUUAUCGGGCAUCAUACCCCCUAAUCGCAACUUUACACGGUUUCCGCCUAAUAGUGACAAAGAUAUUCUCUUCAGCUUCAUUGGAAAUGCUUUUCUAUGCGGCAAUUGGUUGGGAUCCAUAUGUGGACCUUCUGUGACGAAAUCUCAAGUGCUCUUUGCCCCAGCAUUUCUCUCCCGAACUGCUGUCAUCUGCAUGGUGUUGGGAUUCGUCACUUUGUUUUCCAUGAUCUUGGUGGCCAUCUACAAGUCAAAACAGCGAAGCAUUGUAAAGAAACCCAGUAAAAAUAUACAUGGCCCUCCAAAACUCGUUAUUCUUCACAUGGAUAUGGCUAUUCGUACCUUUGAUGAUAUUAUGCGAAUAACUGAGAAUUUCAGUGAGAAGUAUAUCGUUGGAUAUGGAGCUUCAAGUACAGUUUAUAAGUGUGUGUUGAAGAGCUCCCGGCCUAUUGCGAUAAAACGACUUUACAGUCAGUAUCAGAAUAAUUCCCAAGAGUUCGAGACUGAGCUUGAAACUAUCGGGAGUAUCAGGCACAGGAACAUUGUCAGCCUCCAUGGCUACGCAUUAUCUCCUCAUGGGAAUCUCCUUUUCUACGACUUUAUGGAGAAUGGUUCAUUGUGGGAUCUUCUUCAUGGUCCUUCUAAAAAGGUCAAGCUUGAUUGGGAUACACGCCUUAAAAUAGCUGUGGGAGCUGCUCAAGGGCUUGCAUAUCUCCACCAUGACUGCGACCCGCGAAUCAUCCACAGGGACAUCAAGUCUUCAAACAUCUUGCUGGAUGAGAACUUUGAGGCUCACCUUUCUGAUUUUGGGAUUGCAAAGUGCAUCCCCUCGGCAAAGACUCAUGCCUCAACUUACGUUCUCGGAACGAUUGGCUAUAUCGAUCCUGAGUAUGCUCGCACUUCAAGGUUGACUGAGAAAUCAGAUGUCUACAGCUUUGGCAUUGUUCUUCUCGAGCUGUUAACUGGCAAGAAGGCGGUGGACAAUGAAUCCAAUCUGCUGCAAAUGAUACUUUCCAAGGCCGAUGAUAACACGAUAAUGGACGCUGUUGAUCCUGAGGUCUCAGUCACUUGCAUGGACAUAUCCCAUGUGAAGAAGGUUUUCCAACUCGCCCUUCUGUGCACGAAGCGGCUCCCCUCUGAUCGGCCCUCGAUGCAUGAAGUCGCUAGGGUGCUGGUUUCCCUGGUUCCACCUCCAGCUACUAAGAAGCCUACUCCGGUCCCACUCAAGCGCAUCGACUAUGCCCGGUUUGUGAUAGACAACCAAGGACAGCAGCAGCAGCUAACGACAAAUCACCAAAACAACUCAUCUGAUGCUCAGUGGUUCCUACGAUUCCGUGAAGUCGUCUCAAAGAAUACCUUCUGAAGGAGGCUUUUGAGCAUACGACCUAAAGCUAUGACAAAAAAAUUAGCAAGUCUUCGCAGAAAACCAGUAGAGAAGGCUGGGAAAGGCUCCCUCAACUGUGCUAGCAAUGGGGCCCAAUGGCUACAGUUCUUGGACUUUUUAACUCGCUUAUUACAGCAAUUUUGUGAAUUUUGGAAGGGGUCUUAUCUUAUCCCACCCUUAGGAAAUUUUGUGCAAACGAUAUCUACCGAACUUACUUGCAAACUGUUACUAACCCGUUUCGGAGAUUAGAAUUUUCCAAUCCUCUUUUUUUUUUUU